GGUACAACAACCGAUCUCUCGGUCUCUCCAUCUCAUCAUGGCUGGCGACCAACCGGCGGCAGCGAGGCUCCCAGGAAAUGCCAGGCCGGGCUCUCUCGUUGCGGUGGCGCUGAUUGUCCUGCUCUUCAACGGCAUGCUGUAAGCAUAUCCUGCAGUAUCGGCUGCGCAAUCGUCCGGUGUGGCAGACGGCGCCCAAGGAUACGCGGAUAGAUGCACCUCUUGGUGCAUCCACUCCGCCUGCUUGCUGCACCCUCUGCAUUUAAGAGUCCUGCCUGCGACCCUUGAUCUUUAGCCAGCUGCGCAGGCACGCUGACGCCUCGCAACCGCAUCCAGGCGACUCAUCAGGUCAUGGCCGCGAACGAGAGUACGGGCACCGACCACACCCUCCCUGUCUCAGAUCCGCCAUCAGGUGCAGGCUCUGGCGCAAACACAUCUGUGCCGGCGGCGACGACAACAGAGGCACCGGCCCUGCCGGUCAUCAUAAAGCAUCUCAAGGGCAAAGAAGCCGAAUGGAGCACCAUUACCCGCAAGGCUGGCCCUCUCGGCCUCCUCGAUCUGCCCGUCGACGUCCUAGGCCUCAUCGUCCGUGAGGUGCAAAGUCACAACGAUCUUACUUCUCUGGCACUGACCAACUCCACCCUGUACAACCUCGCCACUCCUCUGAUCUACUCGGAGUUUGACAUUGUGUGGCCGGAUGACUCGUCCAGUUCGGCAGCAUCGACUGGCGUUGAUGCUCUGACCUAUGGCCUUUCCACUCUAUGCCUUGGAAGCCGGUUUGCCCACAAAACAAGAUGGCUUCGCCGCACGUCCCUGGCACGUGUAGAGAGCUCGCACAGACUUGCGAGCAACCAAUAUGCAACAUAUGUCCGCAAGUUUUCACUCGGAAAUGGCAAGGAGACCGAGGUCGCUGAAUACUCCUUGGGUCAAGAUAGUGGCAAGAUGCUCGGCACGCUAGUGGCAUUGGCGGUGGCCAAGAUGAUCAACCUGGAGUCUUUUGUCUGGGACAUGCCUACGGGAGUGCCCUCGGAUGUCUUCAUGGGGCUCGCCUCUCUACAGGACCACUCCCCAGAAGGCCGGCACAAGCUCUCGAGGGUCUGGGUCCGCUGGCAAGGUGACGUGACUGUUCGACCAGCUUCCCCAUCGACAAUCUCUUCUGGCUAUGCCCUGCCAGUUCACAGCGAGCUUCUCGACUUUUUCAUGGGCGUGGCGCCGCAACCAUCCAGGAGCCCCAGUCCGCGCAACCUCCCUUUACCUCCACAUCUCCAGCCGAAAGAGCCAACCUCGAAACGAUACGCGGAAUGCAAAGUGGAAUAUCCCACGUUCAGCAUCUUACCGGCGCUGGAAAGCCUGUCAGUUCUCGAUAUAACAGAAAUGGCAUACCUAGACGAGCUUUCCGAGCUGGUGGAGCGCUCGAGGUCAAGCAUACGAGAACUUCGCAUAGGCCUCGCAUCGUCUGCGAAAUCGGGCGAGAUCAACUUGCUCUGCCACGGUGACAAGUUCAAGCAAAUAGAUCUGACCGCCACCUGGCCAGGAGAGAGCUCACUCGGGGACAAGAGGCUUGGAGGCGUGCUGGGAGUUGUAUUUGGCAGGAUCUUUGACCUCAAGACCAAUCAACUGUUGGGGUCGCCAGCGAUCCUGCACCAAGCGACCAAGUCCGAUGUGGCAGACUUGUCUUUGCAGGCAGCACAGGUGGGCAUCGUUACUCAAGCCCAGCACCACUUGCAUCCCGAUAGUCAACCAGUCGACAGUGGCGGACUAGAUCAAACAUUCCGAGGCCAGCAGGGCCAUAGAGAAGGGAAACUCACACUCGGCUUGAGAACACUCGAGCUUGAGAAGCUAGCUGUAUCCGUACAAAUAUGCCAGAACGCCAUCGACUGGUCUUGCUUGACGACGCUUACGAUACUGGACUGCACGCAGCACGAGUCUCUGUGGCGGAUGCUGCGCAAAGAGUUCCAGCUGGACCAACCGGCAGACCUGGCGUCCCACCCAGGCCAACGGUAUCCGCUUUCGCUCAAGCAUAUCCGUACUGACCAGGUUUCUGUAUCGCUCAUUACUUUCCUGAGAGAAACACUGGCACCAAAUAGUUUGGAGGGACUAUAUCUCCAAGCUCGACGAGCCUCUGGAACGCCAGCGGUCGGACUCACUCAGAUCAUGAAGGGCCCAGUCAGACGGCAUCAAGCAAGUCUUAGAAACCUUCGCCUUGACAGUGUCUUCUUCCGGGAGGGGCCGCGAGUCGAUCCAGUGUCCUCCGGUAUAGGCCGGUCGCAUUGGGCAUUCUCGAGUUCCUGGGUGACCUAUCUCACCAGCGGACGAAUGAGAAGUCUGAGAGAGCUUGCGAUAUCGUUCGACACCAGGGCAUGGCAUCCAUUUUUGCGAGGAUUACCAAACCUCCCUGAAUUGCGCACUCUGCAUGUACUAGGGCUUCCCAAUAGAACUGACCCAUCCAUACGGAGGGAGAUAGCGGUCCAGGUGGCGGACAUUCUCACCUUGCGGCCCGACUCGAAGCUCUCUCUACUUGGCAUCAAUGAUAUAUGCUUUGAGAUCAUGGAGGCACAUACAAGUAAGAAGACGCCACCUGACGUUGAUCUCAGCGGCCUUGUUGUGGCGAAUGGGGUGAUUGUGGACGAUCCAGGCACAGAUGUCGACUCGACGACGAGUAGCACCUCGGACAGCGACGCGCCCGCAGUGCCUCCGCCCCCUCCGCCGGUGGUGUUUGAGGUGGAUGAUGUCGUCCAGGAGAAUCCAGAAGAGUGGUCGUCUCAGCACUCGUCUGGACUCGACUCGGACACCGACUCUUGGCAGGGCAGUGAGGGCGUGCAGAAGACCCCGCAUCGAUGGUUGUACCUGCACCAGGUACCGUUCCGCGACGACAAGGUGGAUGUCUUUAGGGCACGGCAUGCUAGGCUGUAAUAAUAGACCAUGACGCUAAAUUGAAAUGCUGAGGUUCGUGGCGGUCAGGAGGUGGCCCCGGCUCGCCAUUCCGGUCUCUGCGACACAAAUCCAACAACAAAGACCUGUGGACCUGAGAGUUAUGCGGCACGUUGCGUAAGUGCGUGUCUUGUCCCUGGAGUCUUCUCGUUUGGGUAGUGAUGUGUUGGCCUAAACGUGAGAUGUGACGGCGGUUUGGCUGUUACUAGCAGAAAGCGAGGUUGUGCAUGCGGCAUCCUGGUCUGUCGGGCACCGGUUCGCAUAAGCCCCUGGAACUGGGCGCCAUGGCACUGCAAGGGGAAUGGUCAUAGCUCUCUCGUAGGAGUGAAUGCUGGUGGAGGGAAGUGGUGGUGGUGGUGGUGGUAGUGGUGAGUUGUGUGUUGUGUGUGUGGCCCGAGAGUGUGGGCCGCGUCCACUGUGCCGGGUUGAGGCUGGGUCCCACCAUGACAUUGUGAGCAACCUUGCUC